AUGAAGCAGCUCUUUGGAAUCCCUCCUAGACGUGAGGAGGAGGAGGUACCUAGCUCUGCGCGCUCCAACGCCUCAGGCGACUCCAACGACAGUCCCAGCUAUGGUAAGAUGAAAUUGGUGAUCAAGAACACCUUCAUAGGCGGCUACGACGAGCCUGUAGGUGAUGAUGAUGAUGAUGAUCGCCCACCUCCUACCUUGGCACGGUCUGCGAGCGACAGUAAACUGGACUGCCAAUCCAGCACCAGUUCGGUGGUCUUUUGGUACCCUCAGCGGGGAGGUGGCAACAUGAGCCAGUCAAACUCCAGUGUGGCCUCCCGUAGCGAUGCUGGACAAGAUGAUGAUGAUCAUCCCAAUCAUCCCCAUCCGGAGCCCUAUCAUCAAUUGUUUGAUCGCAACAAACGUGGGUCCUUAGAGCAGGUGGCCCUGGAUCGUCACAACCUGCCGUAUGCGGGAGAUGUUCCUGUGGACCUCCCCGGCAAGCCGAACUUCUCGCAGGUGCAGACUGUGCCAUCACAAAUGCCGGUGCCGAACCGAUCAUACGAGGGCCUGCAGGGCAGGGCUGAGGAGCAAUUUUGCCCACCUGGCACCUUUGACAAACCGAAUUCGUCCUUCGACGAGAUGGUUGGCCAAGUGUCCUUGCCGUCGCGCCCGCCUGGCUAUUUCAAUGGGACCGGGCCAGUGCAUACUGCCAGCUUGGACCGUGGAGCUGUAAGAGCAUGCACGGCACCUGCCGGGAGCGCGGGUCCAACGAUGUGUCCGCCGCAAACCUUUGAGCCCCAGCCCCAAAGGAAUGGACUGGACUUGACCGUUAAUGACUUUGGUGAUAAGCUGGGACCGCAGGGCGCCCUGGGUGAGACGCAACACAGCAAAUGCAAUGAGUCAUGA